AUGGCUUCAAAUGCUACGCAAUGCUACGAGAUAGACAACACGUUCUCAUACUAUGCUGGAGAAUGCCGUGGUGGGUUUGACUUUACCCUCCUGUUCGAGCAGACUAUCUUGACUGCUUUGCCAUUGGGGCUUUUUGUUUUGGUGGCCCCAGCUAGAAUUUGGUAUCUCUCCAAGAAAUCCAAAAAGACAGCUACAAGCUUACUGCUACCGCUAAAAAUUGCAUUAUAUGCCGGACUUGCAGCUUCUCAGCUUGCUGUAUUGACUUUGUGGACAUUACCUUCCGCCAAAAGAACCAAUGCUUCGAUCCCGGUCCAAGCAGUUUCAUUAGCUGCAACCGCUAUCUUCUGUCUACUCUCUUAUUUCGAACAUACUCGCACUAUUCGCCCGUCGUUUUUACUUGACGUGUUUUUCUUUUUAACUUUACUAUUUGAUAUUGCGCAAUGUCGAACACUAUGGUUACGGGGUUCGGGAUUCUACGGCAACACAAUCGCCAUUCUGUUCACUAUCUCGGUGGUCAUGAAAGCAUUGCUUCUAGCAUUGGAGGCAUUAGAAAAACGACGGUUCUUGCGCGCUGAGUACAAAGCUAGUCCACCGGAGGCUACGGCAAGUAUUUUCAACAGGAGCUUCUUCUGGUGGUUGAAUCCGUUGUUCGUGAAAGGAUUCUCGUCUCUGCUUCGAAUGGAUGAUCUGUUUGACAUCGACAAACAAAUGCGCUCAGAGUACAUACAUGAACGUAUGGAAAAGGCUUGGAAUAAAGUCGAGAAGAAGACACCCAAUACGUUGUUUAUGGUGUCUAUCAAAACGUUGAUAUGGCCAAUCCUGGCAGUGAUUCCGCCUCGGGCAUGCCUGGUUGCUCUCAACUUUAGCCAGCCGCUGCUUAUCAACCGUGCUGUCUACUUAUCUGUUGACAGUGUGACGCCCUGGACAACUCAUGUGGGAUAUGGUUUGAUUGGCGCAUACAUUCUAGUAUACGUUGGGUCUGCUAUUGCCAUGGGUCAGUAUCAGCAUCUGGCAUAUAGAUCGAUUACCAUGGUCCGAGGCGGUCUGAUUUCGAUGCUCACUCGCAAAACCACGGAUCUCAGUGUGCGAGAUGUAGAUCCUGCUGUCUCCUUGACUCUUAUGAGUGCAGAUGUUGAGCGCAUAGUUCAAGGAUGGCAAACCAUGCAUGAGAUGUGGGCCAACCUGGCUGAGAUCGGUGUUGCUAUUUUCCUCCUAGAGGGACAACUGGGUAUAUCAUGUCUUGUUCCUGUUGGUGUAUCAAUAUUCUCUUUGUUUGCUUCGAUUAUUGCGUUGAACUUUGUCAUGGCGCGUCAGGCUCGUUGGCUAGAAGCUAUUGAGAGACGUAUCUCUGCCACGUCUGCAAUGCUUGGUUCCAUGAAAGGAAUCAAGAUAACCGGACUGAAGAACGUUUUGUUCAAGAGUAUCCAUACGUUGCGUAUCGACGAGUUGAAUAUUUCAAAAGGCUUCCGACGUUUGUUGAUCUGGAACAUGGGAAUAGCAUAUAUAUCUCAAAUAUUUGCUCCGAUUAUCACUUUCGCCGUUUUCGUUACGGUCUCGCACAAUCGAGGGGAUGAUGUUGCACUUAACACGGCCAGAGUCUACACCGCAUUGUCAAUCUUCGCAUUGAUGACUGACCCAAUCACUACUUUAGUCAUGUCAUUGGCUGCUUUCGUUGGCUCGAUUGGUUCUUUCCAGCGUAUCCAGCAAUUUUUAGAAAAGGACAUCCUCGUUGACAAGCGUCGAUCUCCUUCAGAACAUAACUCAUCAGACAACCUAAUCGAAGGUGCCAUGCCAAAUCACUCGGAAAAGUCCAGCAUCAUGACCAAUGAAGCCGAUUUGAUAAAAAACAAUGGUACCAAAACCUCUCGAUCAUCUACCUUAACCUCACGGGAUGUCAUUGUUCUUCAAAAUUCGGACUUUGGCUGGGAUCCAGAAAAGGAGCCAUUGCUCAAGUCAAUCACAAUGUCCGUCCCUGAAAGCAAGAUCUCAAUGAUUGUUGGGCCAGUAGGCUGCGGAAAAUCUACUCUGCUGAAAGCUAUUCUUGGUGAAAUUCCGCCCAUGCAUGGCUCCGUAUACAUGGCCACUGAUCAGGUAGCCUAUUGUGACCAGACCGCGUGGCACGUCAACGAUACCAUCAGGAAUAGUGUUAUUGCAGCAAGUGAGUUUGAUGAGCAAUGGUAUAGCACCGUGCUGCAAGCUUGCGCUUUGCAUGAGGAUUUGCGGCAGUUACCUCAGGGCGAUCAGACCAUGAUCGGUAGCAAGGGUGUUGCUCUUAGUGGAGGUCAAUGUCAACGCAUAGCGUUAGCAAGAGCUGUAUAUGCAAAGAGAAAGCUUGUGAUUCUUGAUGACCCAAUUAGCGGACUUGAUACUGCGACUGAGAAUCACAUCUGGCAUAGCCUGAUGGGCAAGUCUGGUAUCUGGAGAAAGAUGCAGGUAACAGUGUUGAUGACUUCUUCGUCAGUCAAGCGUCUUCCAUACUCGGAUUAUAUCUUUGUAGUCGAUGAAAACGGCACUAUUUCAGAACAAGGUCAUUUCGAUACCCUCGCUGCAACUGGUGCUUACGUGUCAAGCUUCCAUCUAGGGCAACCCGACUGGAACUUCACUCCAGACGAACGCAGUUACCACGUACCGAGUAUUAACGAGAACGAGAAAGUUAUUCAAACAGAUGAUGAUCUAGAAGCAGAAGCCAAUCGGGCAACAGGUGAUUUUGCCAUAUACAGAUACUAUUUCGACUCAGUUGGAUGGGUUGGAAUUGUUAUUUUCCUUGUUUGUAUUUCGGGAUUCGUUUUUUGUAUAUCUUUUCCGAGUAUCUGGGUCAAAUGGUGGGCAGCCUCUAACGUGCAAUAUCCAUACGAGAAAUCCGGUUACUACAUGGGGAUAUAUGCAAUGCUUGGCGGCCUUGCUCUAAUUACACUAUGCAUCAGUUGCUGGCAAUUCAUUAUUACUAUGGUACCCAAAUCUGGAGAGAGAUUCCACUCCACAUUGCUUAAUACUGUUCUCAGUGCAAAAACGUCUUUCUUUGCUUCGACGGAUACCGGCGUCACUUUGAACAGAUUCAGUCAGGAUUUGCAGCUGAUUGAUAUGGAACUGCCAGUUGCGGCGUUGAACACAAUCGCCACACUCAUUUUGUGUAUUGCACAAACCACCCUGAUCGGAGUAGCUUCUCCGUACACGGCCAUCUCAUUCCCAAUUGUGUUGAUCGCCCUCUACUUUAUUCAAAAGUACUAUCUCCGAACGUCACGUCAGCUACGAUUCAUGGAUCUCGAGGCCAAGGCUCCACUGUAUUCUCAAUUCACCGAGUGUUUGAGUGGUCUUGUUACCAUUCGGGCAUUUGGCUGGCAAAAGGCAAUGGAAAACAAGAGUCGAGAGUUGCUCGAACGCUCCCAGCGUCCAUUCUAUCUACUUUUUGCCGUACAAAGAUGGCUCACACUUGUCCUGGAUCUGGUUGUCGCCGGUAUCGCCACAAUAUUAAUUAUCCUUGUGGUCGAGCUGCGUGGAUCGAUCAGUGCAGGCUACGUUGGUGUUGCGUUGUUCAACAUCAUCCAAUUCAGUCAGAGUAUCAAGUUGCUGAUUACGUUCUGGACGAAUUUGGAGACCCAUAUUGGCUCUAUUGCUCGUGUCAAGAUUUUCAACGAGGCGGUCAAGUCUGAGGAUUUGGAGCCAGAGAACCGCCCGGUGCCGCCUGCGUGGCCUUCGCAAGGGGCAAUUGAAUUCAAUGGGGUGUCAGCCGGUUACAGACCCGAAGAGCCGAUUCUGAAAAAAAUUGAUCUAUCAAUCCGCAGCGGCGAGAAGAUUGGUAUCUGUGGCCGGACUGGAAGUGGCAAGAGUUCUUUGGUGCUGGCCAUUUUCCGCAUGGUAGAGCUAUCUGGGGGCAGUAUCACCAUCGACGGAAUUGAUCUCUCGACCAUCCCUCGUCAGGAGAUUAGAGCAAGAAUCACAGGCGUUUCUCAAGACCCGUUCUUAAUCCAGGGCAGCGUCAGGCUAAAUGCCGACCCCAAUGGCACGGCAACUGAUGAUCAAAUCACGGAUGCCCUUCGAAGCGUUCACUUACUUUCCGUAGUGGAAGAAAAGGGUGGCCUUGACGUGGAUGUCGAAGAACUCCACUUAUCACAGGGACAGAUGCAGCUGUUCUGUCUAGCCCGAGCCAUGCUACGCCAUAGCAGUAUCCUCAUCCUCGACGAGGCUACCAGCAACGUCGACUCCAAAACCGAUGAAAUCAUGCAACGCGUCAUCCGCGAAAAAUUCAGUAACCACACCAUCCUCGCCGUCGCACACAAACUCGACACAAUUUUGGAUUUCGACAAAGUCGCCAUGCUCGAAGCCGGAGUAUUGAUCGAAUUCGACGACCCGUAUACAUUGCUAUCUACAGACUCGGCAUUUAACAGAUUGUAUACGUAUAGUAUGGCCGAUGAGGAUGAAAAGGAUGGCGGAAUGGAUGAUAUCGAGGUUAUUGUGAGGGACAGUUCGUCUCGGACUGCGACUUCAACCACAGCGACGCAAUCGAAUCGAGCGUCGAGCGAGAAUGGACGGGGUUCUGGACAGAAUAAUUAUACAUAUCCAUAA